AUGUCUGACCACCAUCUUACCGACAGAUGGCCGAGUAUCCUGCAGCGCGUCCCUGAUGCGGCACCACUGGCUGUGGCACUCGCCAUCAUUUUGAUAUGUGCUAUUUAUCGCUUUACUUUGGACACCGACAUCCCGUAUAUCCGCGGCCUCCCUGAAAUCCCGGGGGCUGUUCCUGUCUUUGGCCACCUGCUCAGCCUCGGCGAAGACCAUGCAAGCUCAUGCGAGAAGUGGUGGCGCCAAUACGGUCAUUCCGUAUUCCAGAUCCGACUGGGUAAUACCCGAGCGGUAGUUGUUAACUCCUUCGAGGACUGUCGCAAGAUGCUUCUGGGUCAUCAGAAUGCUUUGAUUGAUAGACCCACAUUGUACACUUUCCACGGCGUGAUUAGCAGUACGCAAGGGUUUACGAUCGGCUCGUCGCCCUGGGACGACUCGUGCAAGAAGAAGCGCAAAGCUGCUGGCACGGCACUUGGACGGCCUGCACUGCGGAACUACCAUCCCAUGCUUGACCUGGAAAGCUACUGCAUCGUGCGUGACCUGUAUAGGGAUAGCCACGAGGGGGAAGUGGAGUUGAACGUUCGACCGUACAUCCAGCGGUAUGCGCUGAAUACAACCCUCACGCUAUGCUACGGCAUUCGCAUGGACGAGGUUUACGAUGAGCUUCUCCGCGAGAUUCUUCAUGUUGGCUCGGCCAUUUCCCUUCUGCGAAGUGCCUCCGAAAACCUGCAGGACUAUGUUCCUCUGCUGCGAUAUCUGCCUCGGAACGAGAAGAACGCACGAUCAAAGGAACUCCGCGAUCGGCGAGACGCGUAUUUAAAUCUCCUGUUGGACAAAGUCCGAGCCAUGAUUAAGAAAGGCACCGACAAGCCCUGCAUUUCGGCCGCCAUCCUCAAAGACGAAGAAACCAAGCUGACUGGAGUCGAGGUCUCCUCAAUUUGUCUGUCUCUGGUUUCCGGCGGAUUCGAAACCAUACCGGGAACGCUCACCUCGGCCAUCGGCUCGCUGUCAACCAAGGAGGGACAAAUUUGGCAGGAUCGUGCCUAUGAGGAUAUCAAACGGUACUAUCCUGACAUCCGAGAUGCGUGGACCAGUUCUUUCCAGGAAGAGAAAGUCCCGUACAUCAACGCGAUAAUUAAAGAAGCAGGACGAUUCUACACGGUCAGCGCCAUGAGUCUCCCUCGGAAAACGGCAACUGAAGUCAAUUGGAACGGAGCGAUCAUCCCUGCUAAGACCAUGAUGCUCAUCAAUGCGCAGGCCGGAAACCACGACGUCGAUCAUUUUGGCUCUGAUGCAGGCAAUUUCAAUCCCGAACGCUGGCUCAAAUCCACGGAUCCUCCAGUAGAGAAAGAAUCCAUCGGCCUGGGCCACCUUAGCUUUGGUGCUGGAUCGCGCGCCUGCUCGGGGCAGUAUAUCGCAUCUCGACUGCUGUAUGCGGCUCUCGUGAGAAUGAUCACGUCAUAUAAGAUUGUCGCUAGCGAGACUGAACCUCCGAAUACGGAUUACGUGGAUUAUAAUCAGUUCAAGACGGCCUUGGUGGCGAUUCCGAGGGAUUUCAAGGUGAAAUUGAUUCCGCGGGACUCGGCGGUGACGAAGGAGUGCUUGGAGAUGGCCGAGGAGAGGACAAGGGAGCAUUAUCGGGAGUAG